CCUCAACUGAGUAUCGCACAGAAACAGUUUGAGAGACAUCUUUGUAUGCGACAAUGGCAUUUAGGUCAUUUCUGGUAUUUGCUCUUCUUAUGGACAAAACAGGGUUCAGUGCUGAGAUCUCAGUGUUUGUGCAGACGGGAGUUUCUGUUCAACUGGAUAUACAGACACAAGAACUACCAGAGUUUUAUAUUUUACACUGGAUUAAUUAUAAAUCGGAUAAUAUAGUUACAUAUUUAAGUGGAACUAAAGAAAUAAAACCUCACGAUAUCUACAAGGACAGAGUGGAUUUCAAUAAAACAACCUUUUCUCUGACACUGAAGAACAUGCAGAAGACAGACAGUGGACUCUACAGAGCAAAAACAAUUGGACAAUCAGACAACAAUAUUGUUACAUACAGAGUAUCUGUUAUGGAUGAAGUGGAAGAUCCAGUCCUGGCUGUAAACUCAAGCUGGUCCAGUCCUGACCCCUGUAGCUUUACAUGUAAAGGAAGCAACAUUUUUAUCAGCUCCAUCUAUAAUGGUAGCAGCUGUUCAAACGAGGAAGUGACAGCAGCUGAUAAUCACACUCUAAGACUGAGCUGCAGUGGUGACUCCAUCAUGUGUAACUACAGCAACCCAGUGAGCUUGAAGACUCAAGUAAUGAAGGUUAAUGAACUCUGCACUGUUAAGCAAGGAAAACAUGAAGAAGCAUCAGCGUUUCCACCUUGGAUCAUUGUUUCUAUUGGUCUAGUCACAUCGACAUUGGUGGCAGUGAUCAGCUUUUGUAUUUACAAAAGAAUAAAAGGCGCCCAGAAGAAUGAACAAACAAUCUAUGCAAAAGUUGACGAGAACAUCAAGCCACAAAAGUCUCUGGAGAUGUUGGAGAAAUCAGAGAAUCCUCGUACAGUGUAUGAUACUGCAGGAGACACUGAUGUUACCAACCACACCACACCCAACGACGACCCUAUGAAUCAGUUUUUUUUUAUUUAAUUUUUUUAUCAUUUUGCCUGUGUUAUUGCCAACUGCAUAAAUUUUGGCACAGGUGUGUAUUUGUUAUUGGAAUUUUACUAUUUCACUUCCAUUUCCUUUAAUAAAUCUGUUUUGCACUAGGUUCACAAAAUUGUUCCUCUCAGGACCUUAAGGACAAAAAUGUCCCCAUUGAGACCCAUUAAAACUGCUAUUUUUAAUCGCAGUGCCAUUUAACUGUAAAAUUAUGCAAUUUUUGUUAAUAGGCUUUGAUUCUGUUGGCAAGGCUUUAAAAUUUAAUUUUUUACUAUUUUUUCCAGAUGGUGCCAUUUUUUUCAGGUUUGGCCUGUAAAGCAAAUACUCGAUUUAUUCCUGUUUUCUGCUUCUGCAUAUUAUAGAGCCAAUUGGAUAAAUAAUGCAACUAUAAUUGUGUGGGUGUGUUGGUAUGGAUGUCAGAGUGUGGUUUGUAUGUGUGUCAUAUAAAAAAAAAAUGUGUGAGUGUGUGUUCUUAUAAUAUUUGAGAGAGAAAAACUGUGUGCACCAGUGGAGUUUUGCUGGCAUCUAAUGGGGAAAAUUUGGUACUGCGCCCAAACAAAAUCUUAGCUAAUUUUUUGAGAUAUCAACCUCAUAUUUGGAACACAACUUGUUUAGAUUUAUGGCUUUGAUUUUAUAGCAAGUAUAGACCUAACUCUGUGCUCCCAAUCUUAAUUUUUUUUUUUUAUGACAGUUUUUUGACAUGGACAUUUUUGUCCACUAUGGACCUAUGUGCAACUUUUUUUUAAUUGACGCACAAGGGUUAAAUGAACUGCAGCUGAUUUUGUUGUGCUUUAUUUCAGAGUGCAUCACUCACAGAGAAGAGCAAGCCAAAUGCACCAUCCACUAUCUACUGUAUCAUUCAGCAGCAACCAAAACCCCCAAAACUGAAACUGAUCACACCAUUUAUGGUGUAGUCAAUAAACCAUCAGCCGGAUAUGAGUCUGCACAUCCACAAUCAGAAUAAAAGUGACCUUUUAAUAAAGUUUAAUAAAGCUAAACCCUUACAGUGAUUUAAAGUGAUAAAGGACUUCAUGUGUUCAGGAAGGCAGUGUUAUUCUCAGUGUAAAUAAUCAACAUAUUUACCAUGUGCAAUGUGUUCCUAUUGUAGUUAAUUUAGGGUAUGUUAAUAUUAGAUAUAAUAAAAUAAAUACAAUAAAAUAAAUACAAUACAUUUUUUAUUGUAAAAUUGUUGUACAUGUGGCUCAGACAGGAAUGCAAAAUCUCAUGUGGUUUCUGUAGGUUUCUGUUGGAAAUUUCUCACCGCCUUUGCAGGCAACACCUGAAAACCACUUCCUGGAAAAUAUCUGUCAGUCUUUAAGCUUUUAUGAAGGGUCACAGGUGGCGUUCAUUUGCCCAUACGCCCUCAUUCCUCUGAAAAACGCACAGUUUAUUAUACAAAAAGUAAUGAAUUUAUAAUCAAAAUUGUACUGUACAAAGCCACUUUGCACUAAAGGAAGUAAAAUCUCUUGAACUCAAGUGCAUGGAGUAUGUCAGUAACUGAACAUAAUUUUUCUUCGAUAAAACGAUAACAUGAGUUUGAUAUGUUUAUGCGCCAAACGUGGAGCGAAACAGCACUGCUCAUUGAAAGCACGCCACAGGGACUGUUUAUCCACUCGGCUCAAAGUUCAAACGGCAGCACAGCGCAAGCUUACUACAGUGGAUGUGAUACAUUGAGGUUUUGAUUCCUGAACACAUGCAGAACGUUUACUGUGGAUGUUGUCAUAUUUUAAAAUAUAAAGCCAACUUGUGUGUUUUUAUGCUGCAUUAUCCAAUAGCUUUGUUUGUUUGUGGAAAACUAAAAUAUCCAACUUCAAUUCCUUACCAAUUUUCACAGACAUCUCGUCUGAGGAGAAACAAAGACAUUAUCCUUAAUCACUGUCAUAACAGUGUCAUUUAACAUGUGAUCACCGUGAUCUGAUCAAGCAGAUCGGAUCGUCAGUGUUAUGAGCCUAAGUCAUUUGUUUGCUGUUUCCAUGUUGCCCUCUUGUGUUCUCUCUGUGUAUGUGUAUGUUUGUGUUUCAGAUGAGCGGUUCCUUGAGAUAAUUUACUGGAGGCUGCGAUUCAUUCUCCUCCUCACCUGACCCAGAUAUAAGGACUGCCCCAAACACAAUGGUGCACUGUAAAAAUAAGUGUAUUUUUAACUGUAAUAUUUUGUAAAAACGCUACUGAAAAAAACUGUUAAUAUGUUAACAGUGAGUUCCUGUACUAUAUACAGGGGAAAACUGUAAAAGAUCUAACCAGACAUUUAAUGUAAUUUUACAGUAAAAUGCUGUUAAUUGUACAGUUUUUAGAAGUGAAAAUAACAAAUCAAUGUAUAAUUUACAGUCAAAAACUGUAAACUGAUAUUCCCAGAAUUCCCUCCGUGACACUUUUAUGUACAUUUGGGAUUCAUGUUACAUCAUCUGUUGUUUAAUGAAAGUUUAUUGCAUUAUUCAAGUAUCAUGUGUGUUACCAUGAUGGUGUUUUGUGUUUGCAUGAAUGACCCUGUGCACCUUCUAUAUAUUGGCACGUAUUUCUGCUUGUUGCGAAGCUACACAGAGUUGCCAGAAUUAUUUUGUAAAACCUACUGAAUUUUUUUUGCAGUGUGGAUGAUUGUGCCGUCGUCGUUUGUUCAAGUCUCUGAGUGUCUUACCAGAGAGAUAGUGUGGGUGAUUGAAAUUCUGUGAUAGUGUUUUUUUUAAUUUGUUUUGUGAUAUUCCUUGUUAACUUGACCCAUGCCUGAUUGACUACGAUUUUGGAUUCUGAUUGUGAAUUAUUUGCUGUUAACUUGUGUAUAUAUCUUUUGUAAAGAUAUAUACUCAAGAUAUAGACGCCAUUUUAUUUUGAAACAUCUUUUCUCAUUGUUUUUGGUUAAGGGAGUCCAAGUACACCCGGCUGCAGCCUGCAGAUCGAGGCGGGGCUGCACCUGGGGCGGGGCUGCACGUGUCACCCCGUCCACAAUGAUUCUCAUUGGUUAGUGGCAAAGUAAUCGAUGCCACGAUAAUGUCGACGCCGCGGUAAAUAGGAAAUGCUGUUGAAACAAUAGACCUACAUGGUAUUAAUACUUAAUUAUAUAAAACAAAACUGUGAACCCGUUAAUUACUUAUACCUGGUAAACAUAUAUAGUAUCAAACAAUACAUUGUAAAUUUGUUAAUUUUUGGAAAACGUUUCAUUAUGUACAUUUCCAAGCAAGAAUCCAAUUUCUGCUUUUGACUUGUCACAUUGCAAUGUCAACAAAUAUAGUUUAUUUACAACUUUUAAGUUAUUUCUAAUCAUGUGCAUUGGUCAUUUACCACUUAUAAGUUAUUUAUGGUCAUUUUUUUUAUUUUAAUUUCAGUAUGCUUUACUGUUACAUGUAUUAUUAACAUUUAAAUAAAAGUUAAACAUUC